AAUCAUGAUGAAAUAACGAUCUUUUUGAAUUCAAUUUUUAUUUCAUUGGAAUGUUGAUUGGAAUUCUAGCAUUUUUAUGGAACACUGGAAAUAUUUCCUCGAAUUUUAUUUUAUUAAAAUUCAAAGAGUAAGCAUCGAAUUUGGCAUUUAACUUGUUAUUUAAUUCAUACAAUUAAUAAAUUCUUAUUGGUAAGCAUAUUUAUGAUAUUAAUAAACUUAAUCCAAUGAAAAGAGCAAGUUAAUUUGAAUCUUAUUUGAAUUGAGCAUUGAUUUUAGAAACUUCUCCACAAUUCACAAAGUUAAUUAAUCAACUUCAACAAAUAAAAAAUCAUCUCUAUGAACUUUUCAACUCGCUAUACGCUACAAUAGCCUUUCUUCGACUACUGAAAUCAUUUUAUUGCUUAUUAACACCACAAUUCAAUAAAAAAAAGACACUUCUGGUGUUCAUUCAAACAUAUAAUAAUUCAAUUUUUUAUGCGAUUACAUACUAUGACGUCAGUGCUUGUGUGCAAGAAUGAAGGGUUGUGGUUAAAGGAACCACCGUAAAGCGAUUUUAUGAAUGAAAUUUUCCCCUUCUUCUUGAUUCUUUAAAAAAAAAUCAUCAACAAGUGAAUGGACACAAUGAAGUGUAAAGUAUUUCGUUAUCUAUUUGAAAGCUGCGAAACACUCCUUGCAAUUUUAUAUAAAUAGAGAGAGAAAUUCUGUCAAAAGUAUCAGUUUCAAAAGGACUGUCUUAAGAGAAACUACAGGAUUUAACAUUACAACUUGUAAAAGUGAAGUGAAAAAUAUAAAUUCAAUAAGGUUAUGGCAAAAUAUUUCAGUAAAAUACAAUUGGUUUCAGCAGUUUUGAUAGUGAGCUUGUUUGUUCUUGGAAGUGGUUUUCAGUCUCCAGUUGCUAUUGAAAAAUGCGAUCAUACAAGGAGGAUUGAAGUUUUUGAAGUAAGAAAAUCAUCCUCGAACAUAGGUGAUGAAAGAAAAGGCAUUCCUGAUGAUGGACAAAAUAAAUACAUCAGAGACAAAGGUCGUGUAGACUAUGAAACAAGGCGGGAUACCAAUGACGACUUCAGGCUAGAAAAAGGACAAACGAGAGAUGAAUCAUUCAGACAAAAUGAACGAAGAGAACGAUUAGAUACACGUCGUGAAAACAAUAAUGAUGAAAGACGUGAAAGAUCAGAAUCUCGUAGAGAGGAUAAUGAAAGACGAGUGGGAUUAGAUACACGCCGUGAAGAUAAUAAUGAAAGACGUGAAAGAUCAGAAUCUCGUGGAGAGGAUAAUGAAAGACGAGAGCGAUUGGACACACGCCGUGAAGAUAACGAAAGACGUGAAUUAUCAGAAUCUCGUAGAGAGGAUAAUGAAAAACGAGAGCGAUUUGACACACGCCGUGAAGACAAUAACGAAAGACGUGAACAAUCUGAAACUCGUCGAGAGGAUAAUGAACGACGAGAGCGAUUAGAUACACGCCGUGAAGACAAUAACGAAAGACGUGAACAAUCUGAAACUCGUCGAGAGGAUAAUGAAAGACGAGAGCGAUUAGAUACACGCCGUGAAAACAAUAACGAAAGACGUGAACAAUCUGAAACUCGUCGAGAGGAUAAUGAAAGACGAGAGCGAUUAGAUACACGCCAUGAAGACAAUAACGAAAGACGUGAACAAUCUGAAACUCGUCGAGAGGAUAAUGAAAGACGAGAGCGAUUGGAUACACGCCGUGAAGAUAAUAAUGAAAGACGUGAAAGAUCAGAAUCUCGUGGAGAGGAUAAUGAAAGACGUGAACCAUCAGAAUCUCGUAGAGAGGAUAAUGAAAGACGUGAACCAUCAGAAUCUCGUAGAGAGGAUAAUGAAAAACGAGAGCGAUUUGACACACGCCGUGAAGACAAUAACGAAAGACAUGAACAAUCUGAAACUCGUCGAGAGGAUAAUGAAAGACGAGAGCGAUUAGAUACACGCCGUGAAGACAAUAACGAAAGACGUGAACAAUCUGAAACUCGUCGAAAGAAUAAUGAAAGACGAGAGCGAUUGGAUACACGCCGUGAAGACAAUAAUGAAAGACGUGAAAGAUCAGAAUCUCGUGGAGAGGAUAAUGUAAGACGUGAACCAUCAGAAUCUCGUAGAGAGGAUAAUGAAAGACGUGAAAGAUCAAAAUCUCGUAGAGAGAAUAAUGAAAGACGAGAGCGAUUGGACACACGCCGUGAAGACAAUAACGAAAGACGUGAACAAUCUGAAACUCGUCGAGAGGAUAAUGAAAGACGAGAGCGAUUAGAUACACGCCGUGAAGACAAUAACGAAAGACGUGAACAAUCUGAAACUCGUCGAAAGGAUAAUGAAAGACGAGAGCGAUUGGAUACACGCCGUGAAGACAAUAACGAAAGACGUGAACAAUCUGAAACUCGUAGAGAGGAUAAUGAAAGACGAGUGCGAUUAGAUACACGCCGUGAAGACAAUAACGAAAGACGUGAACCUUCAGAAUCUCGUAGAGAGGAUAAUGAAAGACGAGAGCGAUUGGACACACACCGUGAAGAUAACGAAAGAUGUGAACCAUCAGAAUCUCGUAGAGAGGAUAAUGAAAGACGAGAGCGAUUGAAUACACGCCGUGAAGACAACAACGAAAGACGUGAACAAUCUGAAACUCGUCGAGAGGAUAAUGAAAGACGAGAGCGAUUGGAUACACGCCGUGAAGACAAUAAUGAAAGACGUGAAAGAUCAGAAUCUCGUAGAGAGGAUAAUGAAAGACGUGAAAGAUCAGAAUCUCGUAGAGAGAAUAAUGAAAGACGAGAGCGAUUGGACACACGCCGUGAAGACAAUAACGAAAGACUUGAACAAUCUGAAACUCGUAGAGAGGAUAAUGAAAGACGAGUGCGAUUAGAUACACGCCGUGAAGAUAAUAAUGAAAGACGUGAACCCUCAGAAUCUCGUAGAGAGGAUAUUGAAAGACGAGAGCGAUUAGACACACGCCGUGAAGAUAACAAAAUACGUGAACCAUCAGAGUCUCGUAGAGAGGAUAAUGAAAGACGAGAGCGAUUGGACACACGUCGUGAAAACAAUAACGAAAGACGUGAACAAUCUGAAACUCAUCGAGAAGAUAAUGAAAGACGAGAGCGUUUGGAUACACGCCGUGAAGAUAAUAACGAACAACGAGAAUCACAUAGUGAAAGAGAACGCUUAAGCACUUAUCGUGCAGACAAUAAUCAACGUGAUAGAUUUGCAAAAAAUAUUUUUGAAAAACCUUUAAUGUCAUCAAUUUCUGAGAGCGCAUGGUCAUUCUGCCAAGGUUUACUUGUUGGAUUUGUUAUUUUAAAAUUCUUGCAGCAAGGUGACGAUUUAAAACCUGAAAGAUUGACAAACUGUUGGAGUAAGCUUUUCUCACUCAAGGGAAAAUAAAUUUCUUCCUUAUACGACCGCAAAAUUUAAAUGGAUACAACACUAACCGCUGCUUAAUCAUGCAUCAGAAAAUUUGCUGCAACAAUCAAUUUUCUCAAGCCCACAAAAUUAUUAAUAUUUUAUUGCUUAAAUGGAUGUAGACUUGUUGUUCAUCUCCAGCAUAUGCUUCAUAUUACUAUAUUAUUAAACAUAAUGUGUUAUACAAGAAUUUUACCUAAAAAAUGAAAUGCUCAUCAAUAAUGCUUGGAAACUUAAAUAAUGGAUACAUAUAGGGGAUCUUUUAGAAAAGUAUCAAUAAUAUAUUAUAUGCUUCAAGUUAUUUAUGCUAAUCAUACAAUUAUCUAAUCAAAUAUCUAUCAGGAAAUUUCAAGGAUCAAAGGAUUUGUCCAUGUGCUGUCAGACAAAAAAAUGAUAAAGUUAUAAGAGUCUUAAAAUUAUAUUGAAGAUUUGAGAAAUAUUAUGUAGUGUGUAGAAGAACAAAAAAAAUACAAAGAAAAUAUUUAUGUAGAUCAAACAUAUACUUAACCAAACAUAUUAACUCUGAAAUAAAUUAUAUUUGCAAGAAAAAAGUACAGCUACACUAUGUUUUUAUUCAGGAGAGGUAGCAAUAUUUGUGAACUUCAAAAUUGCUUACUGCUAUUAAAGCGAAAGUUAUUUGUAGGCUUUAGUUUGAAAUAUUAUUAAUGAAGAUUGAAGAAAAUGUUCCAACUUAUUUAUUUCAAGGUUGUUUACCGUUUUUCACCAUGACACUCCGAAAUUAAAUUGAUUUUUUUAUUAUUGCUAUUUUCCUAAGAGUCAUUAAGUUUAUGUUUUUACGGCAUUUAGUGCGUUUGAUUUAAACAAACUGAUAAAAUGAUUUGUGUGGUGGCAAGGGUGUUAUUCAAAGGUGGGUAAGCAGAACUUUUAUGGAUGUCAAAUAUUUUUUUUGAAGGUUAUUCACAGGCUGUUCUCAAGGGGGUUAUAGAAAAUUUUCUACGAUGUCUUUAAUCAAUGUGACCUCAAAUUAUCAAUGUGUGCAUGCAAUAGCAUUUGAAAAAUUAUUUAUAAAACAAUUGAGUCUCAGCUUAAUUUAAACAAAUUGAACUACAUUAGCUUCAGAUGUUAUUAGGAUAAAAAAAAUAUGAUUGCAAAUUCUUCUUGAAAUGUCGAAAUUAACAAUAACAAAAUUUCGUCAAAGCAUUCAGUCAUCAAUUGUAUGAGUCAUCGGAAGUUUCCGUUAACCUUUGCUUGCUCAAUUUUCUGUGUAUUUAAUUUCAUCUUUUGUUUACUUUCAUGCUUAUUGCUGAUGACGAUGAGAAUAGUAAAUGGAAAUAGCAGAAAUGUUGUGGCUUUGUAUCCAAUUGCGACCUAAUCAUUAAUAGAAAAUUACAUUUGUACAUUUGACAGUUUCUUAUCGAUAAUCAUUCAAUGUCCAUUUAUUUUUGAAAAUUCAUUGAACUUUCCAUUCGCAUGACUUGUCCCUAUAAUUUAAUGACAUGGAAGGGAAUAUAUUAAAGAACAAACAUAACAUACACAAAUUGUUUCCAUACUAAGACUGAAGAAAAUGCUUUGCUCACCCUCAUUUGUCCCAAGUUAACCCCAAAAAUCGAUCUUACUGGCGCCGUCUUUUAUGUUUGUCGUUUCUUUCUCUUCUUUUUUUUGAAAAUGGCAAAAAAAUCCCCUCGCUCAUUGCUCUUUUUUGCCACUCUACUCAAAUGAAAAUGAAAUCGAUGAAAAGAAGAAUAAAAAUUUUUGUCGGGGAUUUAAUGAUGAAGUAUUGUUGAAAAUUAUUUUUACGUCUGUUAUGUACAUAAGUAAAUGAGCUUUAUUUGAACAAAUUUUUGCGGAAAUAAUAAAUAAAUUUGACACUUGAAAGAAUGACGAAUGAGCUGGUAUUUAAUCUAUGAAAAUUUCAUUAAAAUGUGAAAGAAUUUCGUUGAGAAUUCUUGCAUUUUACUAGAGGCGUAUCCAGGUCGUACCUCAAUUUUUGGGAAAAUUCUUUAGUUUUUCGAAAAAAUAAAUUGAAUGUGAAUUUGAAACUCACUCAAAAAAUUUUUUGGACGUCCCUGAGUCAGAGUUGAAGUACCUUCUAUUUAAUUUUGUAAUGUUUCUAUGCCAAUUACUUACGGUCUUAUCAUCAUUUUCAAAUAAUCACAGCCAAUAUUUGAAUUUAAUUUACGGAAAAUAUCGCAGUUCUUUACGUUCUGUACGAAUAUGUUGAACAGCUAUUGCUGGAGUAGACGAUGUUAUCACACUUUUUAAUUCACUUCCAGACACGCAAGGCAAUUAGUUUUAAUAAGGAACUUUGCUUCUUUUGACCUUUUUUUGUGAGAAUUUCAUAAGGUUAAAAAUGUUACAAAAAAAUGGUGGAAAUUAAUGUUUAAGAGCACCAACGACUUUCCAUUUUUAGAUUCAAGACUAGCUUAAUUUUUAUUGAAUAGAAUAGGUUGUGCAGUGGAUAGAAAGAUUUAUUUUUUGACAGCUUAACAAUUUAGCCGCUAUCUUUGGUAUAGGAUUAACCAUCUGCAGAUCUCUCUAAAACUUAAGUCCUGAAAAGCUAUCGAAAGGAUAACAAACCCUCAAAUAAAUUAAAUUAUUACACAAAUCAUGCCCUCCAUUCCAUGCUUAUAUGAACUCUUCAUAAAGGUCAAAUAAUAAAUUUUAUUUAAUACUUUUAUCAUCAAAUUAAGUCUCUUAAUGUAAUUAAUCAAUUCCUUUACACAGUAACAAUUUUAUUAUUAAUAAUUUACAUGAUAAUGAUAACUUUCUCCGAUGGAGCGUGUGAAACAAGCUAUGAAAUGACAAUUGAUGAUUGACAGAGCAUGAUCAAGAUAGG